CACGCCUCGUGGGGAUGGGAUGGGGCGUCCGCGUCUGUACGAUGUGUUGUCGUGCGUGAAGCGUGCUGUUCGUUUUUGUUAACAACGCCUUGUUUUCGGAAGUAGACGUCGAUUUUCACCUGAAGGCUUAUUAGUUCUCGAUCGCCUUGGAAAACACUUUCUUUCUCUGACAAAUGGAUCUGCAGCAACAGCCACUUUCUCUUCAAUGCCUUUCUCCCUGUCUCUGCGAACCCAUCAACUAUUCGGCGACCCUUCUUCUUUUCCAACCACCCGGCAAACUGCCAAUUUAACUGGUCACGAAAAAUACCGGAGCUUUACCGAAAAAACCUUAUCUAAAGUUCAAAUUUUCCACCUUGAAAUGAGAAAAAAGAGAAGAAAAGGGCAGUCUAUGAUAAUCAGCAGUAUUUUUAGAUCUGAAUCCAUGACUGGAUCUGAGUCCGGAUACAAACCGGCUUCAUUCCUCGAGGGCAACCGCAGGUACUCAGAAAGAGCGGCGGCCGCUGUGAAGGGAAGUGUUAUCCCGGGGUGUUUCUGAGGUUUACGAGUCCACGAGUGCAAAGCCGCAACCCUCCACACCUCCUUGCUCUCUCUCUCUCUCUCUUUCUCGUUGAGCCUUUGAGGCAGUAGUGAAGGUUGGUAGGAGGAGUCAAUGGCGAAAGGAGACGACGCCAAAAGGAAGAAGCGGAACAAGGCGUUGCGCAAGAGGAUGCGUAAGGAUGCCCCUGUCUCCGCUCGCAUCGCUUCCGCCAUUGCUUCCAAGCGGCGCCGCAAGGCUGGCAAACGUCGAAUCUGUGAGGGCAUGUGUUUUAGCGCCCCAACACUUGAGGACCCAUUCAAUGAGAGAAACAAUGUGAAAACUGACUGUGGGAGAAAACGGAGGAAGCUUGCCCAUCAAAAAAAUGAUUUAGAUCCCUUGCUCUCGGUUCAUAAAAAGCUUCCAUCAAAUUGUAAAUUUGGAAAGGUGCUCAAUGAAGAUCUGAAAGAAAAGCGAGCGAUGAGCUCCAUGAAUAUUCAGAAUAAGUCACCAUUGACUGCUGCCCGCAUGGCAGAAGGGCAGAGUAUUAUGGAUGAUCAAGAUAAGUCUACAAGAAAGAUGGUUGUAGUGAAUGGAGGUGCCGCUACUCAAGGAAGGCUCUAUAGAAGCUCAGAUGGUCUACCAAAGUUCCUGAUUUUAUGCUUGAGUGCCAUACAAAAUUCGUGGGCACAUGAUGGCUUGGAAAAGUCUCUCUUUUCCAACUCGUGGGGUUCUGAAUUCUGGAAAGCCUGUUCUGAUGGGUUGGAUAUUCUGGGGAUAGGUGAAAGUUGUUCUGGAAAAGAGCAAAUUGCCUGGUUAGCGUCCACCUUUGCUGAUAUUGUCACUGCAAGAGAGAAAGAAGGUGCAUCAAUUGACAGUCCAUUUCUUUUGUUCCUGGUUCCCUCCAAAGAACGAGCCGUUGAGGUCCGGCUGCUAUUCAAGCCACUUAAAGCUCUUGGAAUUCACACAGUGAGCAUACAUUGUGGAGCCUCACUUGAACAUCAAGUUCACGGUUUAAAAAGUUGUGAGCCUGAAUUCCUAAUUUGCACGCCUGGAAGGCUUUUGGAGCUCAUUUCUUUAAAAUCCCUUGAGAUAUCUCAUGUUUCUUUACUGGUCAUUGAUGGCUUGGAAUGCUUUGUUAAUAGUGGUAUUGUGGCCAAGUUACUUUCAAUAAGGCAAUUGGUUUCAGGAAAUCCUCAAACUAUCAUUCUCAGUCCUAGUUAUGGGAACUCAUCCUUUUUGGCAGUUCAGAGUCUAAUAAAGGCACCAAUCAAGAAGUUGCCAUUGGAUAAUUCUGUAAUUAGCCAAAGUAUGUGCAUUUUGCAAUUAUCAUAUUUUUGUGACUCUGAAGACGAAAAGAUAUCAAAGGCAAUUGGUCUCUUGAAAGAACUACAGGCAAAUCAGCUACCAUUUCCCAGACAUUGUGUGUAUAUAGCUCGAAUAGCUAGCGAGGAGCAUGCCUUAGUUACAUCACUCAGACGAGAAGGUUAUUCCAUCUCAAGUGUUUCUGAUAUUGUUUUGCGACAGAAAAGUUUCAGUCAUAUAAAUCAGCAUAGUGAUAGGGCAAUUGCUGUAUCGGUGGUGACUAAAGAAGAGAUCUGUAAGGUGGAUGUUGGAGAAUUAGAGACAAUUGUCUUUGUUAAUUUGCCAACUUCCAUCGAUGAAUAUACACAAGUUCUUGCUGGAAUGGCACGGCAUUCAGUGCAGGGGGUCCUACACAGUUUCUACAGCAAAGCUGAUGCAUCCCUUGCCGGGCCACUGAUAAAUGUGUUGGAACAGUGUCAACAAGUAGUGCCUGAAUCCCUCAGGCUUCUUGCAGAUGCCCACUCUGAAGUCGGUCCCGCGUAACUCUUCAAGGGUGGGUUGUUGGUUUGGUCUUCGUGUUGGAGAGGGCAGCCUGGGUGGAUCAUAAUCAUGCCUUUAAUGUUCUGCACGGAUUUUGGUCAGAUGACCGUGUCGACCCAAGUUGGUGGAUAUGCAAGUCCCAACUUGUUCUAGCUCUUACGGGUAAUGCCCAUGUUAACGUUUAUCAAUAUACUAAAUAUGUAGCGUUGAUUGAUUGAUUGGUCAAGCUUAGCCUCGACGACCAAGUUUCUAUAAAAUGCCAUCAUGUCAUAACCUCUCAUGGUGACCAAGUUUCUAUAAAAUGCCACUCAUUUGACCGCUUA